UCAAAUUUGGAUGAGCUCCCUCUUUGUCAAAUGUUUAUAAUGCAAUCAAAGACCAGCAACAAUAAAAUGUCAAUAGUGUAAAAUUGGCUAAGUUGUAAGAUUAUGCUACAGCUGUGAUUCACAGGUGCAUAAUAGAUAGGGACCUAUUGGUUAGCAACAUAAGACAGAAAUCAUUCCUUAUUAAGGUAAUAAUGCAAAUAUAAUGUGUCGUAGAAAUGUAUUAAAAAGCUCCACAAUCAGCAGGCUAAACAAACUUGGGAAAUAAAUUUGAAAAUACUCAAAAUGCUCAAAAAAAAUAAUAACCUUAACAGUCAUAAUAAUCUUAGGGGCAAUUUAAAUUUGCAGCCACCACUAAAUAAGAACCACCCUAAUUCGCUUAGAAGCCAGUAACAAAUGUGGCAAAACCACUUCAACAACCUGCUACAAGGGAAAUCAAUUUCUCUGGCACAAGAUCAAACAAUAAGCCAAGAUAUGAUUAAAAAGAAGAGGAACAAUACAAUAGUUCACAAAAGAAUUCGGUAAUUGAUGUAUCAUUACCUCUAAUAGGACUAAAAGGCUUCAUUAAAUAACCAAUUGAAGGAGGAACAAGAUACAUGUCAACAACUUAAAAAAGAACUAAAAUAAGCUUAAGAUUAAUUGAAUUCCCUAAAUAAAGAAGUUGAGAAGAAGAUGUAAAUAGCAUUGAUUUAAUUCUUUAGCAAGGCAUCCCAAUAGGAUCUUGAGAAAAAACUUAAUGAUUUAAAGAAGGAAGGGGCUGAAGAGAAAAAGAAAACUUAGUAGUUGAGUGAGGAUGUUAAAAAGUUGAAAGACCAAUUGAAGAAUGCUGAAGCUUAAACCCAAAAGAAGUUGGAUUAACAAAAGAAAUAAUAUGAAAAGUAAAUGCAAGAAAUGGAAUAGACUAUAAAUGAAAAACAAUAAUAAAUUGAUGAGAUUGCUUAAGAAUUCUAGAAUUACAAUCUAGAAGAUAUUUAGGCUAAAAUGGAAGAGAUGGCAAAUGAUAUCAAUAUGAAAGACUAGAUUAUUGAAUAAUUGCAAACCCAAUUGUAAAAAGGCGAAGGCCAUUAGAAUGGGGAUGGAUAAGAUGGAGAUAAGGAAGAAAUCAUAGCUUAGAUAGAGCAGAAGGAUUAAGAAAUCAAGAAACUGGAGGACUUAAUUGAGAACUUCAAAUAAUUGUACUAGCAUAUGUUGGAUGAAAAAUAAGUCAUUAUGGAAGAGAAUGAAAAAUUGGCAAAUGAGAAUAAUCAAUUCAGAGAAAUAUUUAGUGUAUUAUUAAUAAUAAGUGAAAUAGUAAAACUUACACUUGUUUGGAAUUGAUCCUAAUUAAUUGGAGGAGGAAGGCGAAGGAGAAGGCGAAGACGGAGAAGGGUAUUAGCAAGAGGAAGGUAUAUAUUAGACUCUAUUAGGUGAGAUAAUUGAAGAAGAUGAGACCAAUGAUACGUCUUGAUAAUAUAUAGUAUCAUUUUCCACAAAUAUCA